AUGGCUCGGCUCGCCGCCCUCCUCCUCGCCUUCGCCGUCGCCGUCUCCGCCGUGGUGGGCGGCGACAGCCAGGAGUGCGUGUACACGGUGUAUGUGCGGACGGGGGCGAUCUGGAAGGCCGGGACGGACGCCAACAUCACGCUGGAGCUCUACACCGCGGGCAACGCCGACGGCGUGGCUAUCUCGGACCUGCCGUCGUGGGGCGGGCUCAUGUGGCAGGGCCACUCCUAUUUCGAGCGCGGCAACCUCGACAUCUUCAGCGGGCGCGGGCCGUGCAUGGCCAGCGCGCCCUGCCGCAUGAGGGUGUCCUCCGACGGCACCGGCGCGCACCACGGCUGGUACUGCAACUACGUGGAGGUCACCGUCACCGGCCCGCACCGCGGCUGCGCCCAGCAGCUCUUCACCGUCGAGCAGUGGCUCGCCACCGACGCCGCGCCCUACAAGCUGGAGGCCGUCGUCGACCGCUGCCCAGCCGAUGGCGCCGCCGAUGCGUAA